AAAGGCGCAGGGGGCUUGCCGGGAAGCCCGGCGGCGUGUUUACAACAUGGCAGCGUCCCGGCGGGCUCAGGUGCUGCGGCUCUAUCGGGCCUUGCUGCGAGAAAGCCAGGGUUUCACCGCCUACGGCUAUAGGACAUAUGCCAUCAGAAGAAUAAGAGAUGCCUUUAGAGAAAACAAAAACAUCAAGGAAUCAUCAGAGAUAGAUACACUAAUCAACAAAGCAGAAACUAAUCUGGAAAUGAUACGCCGGCAGGUCACUAUUGGUCAACUGUAUUCAGCAGAGAAGCUUGUUAUUGAGUGCCCACAAAAAGUGUAAUUCUGAUGCUUUUUUCUGCAGAUGUAGUGAACAAGCCUCCGCAUUCUACAACCGACAUAGAUUUAUAUUUGAAUGCAUAUUACCAUCUGUAUAUAUGACUGAGCUAUCUUAGUCCUUUGGUUUAAAAAUAUAAUUAAGAAUAAUUGUAUAAAGUAUAGUUUUAUCUAGAGUUUUAUUGUUUACGUGCCGCUAAAAUGGAUUGGUUUUGUUGUAUAUGAAUGCACU